AUGCAUCACACGAUGUCAAAUACUCGCGAAAAGGACCCGGAUACUUCUUUCCUCAAGUAUGCAGAUUUUCAUAUAAACCUGUUACGAAAAUCAGGAUUUUAUUCGAUGAAAGGGAUAUCAAAUAAAAUCAACAAGGAGCCCACUAUAUGGGAAGUGCUGCUGGUUCUGACAAUUUCCACUUGCGGAUUUUUCAUUAUCAUUUUGGAGUUUCGCAGCGUUGCAGUAUCACUAGGAUCGGAUACGGGAUUUGUAAUUGCUGUUUUAUCAGGCACUCUCACGGCUACUUUAAGCAUGUCAAAGGGCUUAACGAUACUCACGUCCCAUCGAGAAGUCCGUGAGCUUCUUCUGCGUUUGUCUGGCUUUUGGGAAAAGUCUAUAGAGCGACCAGAAAACGUGGACGUUAUGGUGCAAAUGGCUAAUCGAGCGUCUUACCUGAGCAAAUGCUAUGCGGCCACAGUAGUGAUAAUGUGCAGCAGCUACUGCAUGAAUCCCUACGUGAGCGUUAUUACACAGUUUUUAUUUACCAAGACAGCAAACAAUUCGUACAACUUUACUGCUACUACUUUUCCAACCGUCUAUCCUUUUGAUCUGUCAUACUUUCCGAAAUACGUAGUCUGGAUUUUAUUCGAACAAGCCGUCUGUCUCCUAAUGACACUCCAUUGGAUUGCCUGCGACACUCUCUUUCCCAUGUGCGCUACGCAUCUUGCUAUACAAUUUCAAAUUUUACGACGUGACCUGGAGAGGACUACGGAAGUAGAUGAAUUACGUGAAAUCGUUAAAAAACAAAUCAUACUCUUUCAAUCUUGCGACAUUCUGGAAAAUAUAUUCAGUCCAAUAAUAUUUCUCACUAUAAUCAUGACUUCCACUAUCAUGUGUGCCUGUAUAUUCCAAUUUGAAAAAACACUGUCAUGCGGGGUUUAUUUGGAAAUUAUUAAAUACGUAACGCAUAUGAUGUCGCUUUUCGUGGAAAUUCUGAUUUACUGUGGAUUCUCGAAUGUUCUAAGUGAUCAGACGGAACUUCUAUAUCAUGCAGCUUAUAAUAGCGAAUGGACAGAUCGUAGCAAGAAAUACAAAUCCAUAAUAUAUUUUUUAAUAUUACGAUCGCAAAAACCAUUCCAGUGUACAGCUUACCACUUUUUUCCAGUUGGUCUAGUUCAAAUCACGACGAUAUUGACGACAGCCGUUUCUUAUUUCACGCUUUUGAAAACCGUAACAAGCGAAUCAGAUGACAAAGUUAUAUGCUCGUAA